AUGUCGCCAGGUGGUGGACUGCGCUCCCGUGCUGCAGAGAGAGGAAAGAGUAACAGCGGAGACGAGGGAGAUAGCGACGAUGGUAGGGCUAGGAGGCCGUCGCUGAAAAGCCUGGGUGGAGGGAGACAGAAGAGGCCUGCGGCCGGUGGUGCGCAGAGCAGCUCGCCGCAGAGUGCGACUGGGGAUGGAGAUGAAGACGAGAAGAGGAGGCACCCUGUGAAGAGAGCUUGCAAUGAGUGCCGGCAGCAGAAGCUCCGCUGUGAUGUUGUUCAGGACCCUUUUACGACCUGCACUCGCUGCCACCGGCUAAAGCUGCCAUGUAAGAUCGAAGCGAACUUCAGACGAAUUGGCAAACGCAGCCGUAAUGCGGAAAUGGAGCGGGAAAUUAUAGAACUGCGGAGACAGGUCGUCAAUGCCAAUGCCAAUGUGCAAUUCCUGGCCCAGCAGCAGCAACAACACCAACAACACCAACAGCAGCAGCAUCACCUAAACAUCCCUGCGGCUGGCCAUCUUUCGGCACCACCUUCCAUGCCUUAUACCCCAUCGACAAGCUCAAUGCGUCCUCAACAAGGGGAUCAGGCCUCAGCAGACUACAUGAAGCCACAUGAAGCUGUUGCAUCGUUGUUAGACCUCAAGUCCGGCGGUGACCAUCUACGAAGCCCGCCAAACCAGAUAAUGGACGUGAAACGACUGGAAGAUGUGACCAUUCAUUCAGAUCGGAUUGCAGAGCUUUUCACCAGGUUCUUUACAUACUAUCACCCUUUUCUUCCCUUGCUUGAGACUCAAAAGACCCCAGACGAAUACUAUGAUACCUCUCCACUCCUUUUUUGGACCAUCCUAGCAGUUGCUUCCCGUCGAUAUCAGACAGAUUCUUCUCUUUUAAAUGCUUUGUCUGGUCCCGUCAUGCGGUUGGUAUGGAGCACCCUUGCAGAUGUCCCACAGAGCUAUCAUGUUGUCAAGGCUCUAGCUUUACUUUGCACCUGGCCGUUCCCUACUAGUAGUACCUCCACCGACCCUACUUUUAUGCUAUGUGGCAUGAUGCAGCAAAUAGCACUCCAAAUUGGUCUACAUAGGCCGUCUCAUGCCCAGGAUUUCUCCAAGUAUAGAGUGGAGUUGAGAGAAGGCGAACUAAACGAUAGGGUUACGACAUGGGCAUUUUGUAAUAUUGUUGCUCAGCGAGUUGCAACUGGGUACGGACAGCCAUCGUCAACCUUGUUUGAUUGUACCCUUUCUUCCAAAGAGGCUGAUUUGCGCCUUCCACCGGAGGUCAGGGUGCGGUUACAGAUUGAAAAGUUCUGUGAUAAAAUCUCACAAACAUUAUACAGUAACCACAGGGAUCCAGUAGGUGUAUUAAGUGAUAAAGAGCGCAACGUCAUGGCAUCAGUACUAUUCAAAGAUUUUGAAGACCUAGAGGGUCAGGUCCGAGCAGAGACAAACUCCAUAACGAAAGUCUACUUACGUGCCGCCGGCCUACAUCUCCAUCUCUCUAUUUUCUUUGAAAAUCCAACCACUAAGGACUACCGCCAAGGCCUAUCAGCUCUAUACCUUGCAACAACAGCAUUUCUUGAGGAAGCCUUCGGCCUUGAAACAUCCACGGGACCAGUCCUAUCAUACUGCUCCAAUUACAUAUACCAGAUGACCCUUGCCGCAGGAUUCAGCCUUUUCAAGCUGUGCAACAGCUUUUUUGCCGUCCAUAUCGAUAUGAGCUACACAAAGUCUCUUUUUAGUCGUACUAUAUCAGCCCUUCGUCACAUAUCCGUAACGAACAACGACCUUCCACAACGAUUAGCAGAGGUUCUAGCUCAAAUGUGGCGAAUGAACGGUGUUGGUAGCCGAACGAAUCAACAGUCUCAGUGCCAAAGACAGCCGGGUGAACCCAGCUCAUCGGAUACCGGAGACUCGCUGAUGUUAAAGGUUCGCUGUAGAAUGAGUAUGUCACUUGUCUUCGACUCCGUUUGGCGAUGGCGAGAGGAUUUCCAGGCCAGGGGAAGGAAUUUCGAAACGUAUCUCAAAAAUCCAACAAAUCCAGACUCUGGAGCUGACUCCUCCGCCUCGUGUUCCUCCACUGCUCCCAUCCGUACAUCGACAUCUACUCCUGUACCACCGGGGCCUGAAGGCGUAAGUGCAGCCUCAACAGCUGAUCCUACCCUUACCUCCCCAGCCUUGACAGCUGCACCCGUAACUACGGGCCCUGAAUCUUCUCCGGGUCCAGCCUUGGGCGGCUUCAACUCGUCCUCCAUUUCCAGUGGUUUCCUGGAACCGAAUUAUGAAGUGUUCGAUCCUUUGAACUGGAUGCUUGACGGCCUUGUAGACUUUCCUUAUUUAUAUCCCGGUGUUCAAGGCCUGGAGGUAUAG